AGCACGUUUACUUCCUGGCACGAUCACUGAACGUGCUGGACAACCUUCAAUGCAGGUCUUCUUAUGUAUGAAGUGUUUGAAAAUAGAUCUCAUCGCUGUCACACGCCAAAUUGCCCCCUGACGCAUCCGUGAGGCGUGACCGCGACCAGUCGCAUCAAGGAAAAGACCCAUCAGCAGGCGCUGAUGCAAUCAGGGAAUACUUCAAACGUGUUACAUUCCUCGAACAAUCUCACCCACGCUCACUUUCAACUGUCCUAGCUCAGAUAGGCAACCCAUUCUUAUCGAAUAAAAUUGCAAUUGUAUACAUUUGUAUAAUGGUCUACUGCAGAAAACCAAGCCAGUCGUGUGCAGACUGCCGCUCGAGACGGACCAAAGUAAGCUCAAGUUUAUAUCAUGAUAGCCUUCAAUUGUAUUUACGCCGCCUAACUUUCAUAGUGUGAUAGGAAAAGACCGUCAUGUUCACAAUGUAUUAGAGCACGCCGAGUCUGUAAAGGUGUAGGUUCAAAAUAUCCCUCACCUAUCCACUUUCAUGACACGCCCCUGUGAUGGUUGUCAAUCUUGAUUGCGUUCACUCCAUUCUGAUUUGAUUCUCUCUAAUAUACCAAAUUUUAUUGUUCUUUAGUAUAGAGAUCCAAGUGAUUUAAUGUUCCGAGAUGAAUCUCGCAACUUAAUUGCCAAAGCUCAGCGUCAAAGUCCGCCGAAGUCACGUACGCAAGCCUCUUCAAAGCGAAUCCAAAGCAUUGAAAAAGAAAUCAUCACCCGAGCUGUUCUGUCUACCGGUUCUCAUUUCGUACCAUCCUUCUCUGUUCCUAUCGGCUUAGAGACGUCGACUGAAGAGCAAGCCACCGCAUUCUUCUUUCAAAACUACGUGCCAGAUCGAACCUCUUUUCCGACAGGGGCUUUCCAAUAUCUGGAGGACAUCUUUAUUCACGAAAGGUCCACCAAGCACUCAAAGAUGCAAUCUCAGCGUUGGGACUUGCAAGGCUAUCAGCAUUCGUAAGCUCUAUCUUUCAUUUCGUAUCUCGUAACAAAACAUACCUACCAAUAUCUACAUGACAAAGUUCUAAUCAGCGAACCGGCACUAUGUAGUGGAGAUCCCCCAAUAUCUUGCCAACAGCGCGCAUUAAGUAUACUUCAUCUAUGAAACUUCUCAGCUUGCAAUCAAAGGACGCCAAGGAAGCGAAAUCCAACCAAACAUUCGCUGGGGUAAUGCUACUAGGUCUCUAUGAGGUAAGCUGUCGCCUUGAAGUCCGAUUCCAAUCAAAAAUAUCAUUGAAAAUCAGUAAGACAAUUACUUGCCAUGAAGACGCAUCUAUGGAAGCAUGGACGAGGCACACUCUGGGAUCUUCGGCAAUAAUGAGAUAUCGUGGCAGAAGGCAAUUACGUGAACCGCUAGGUCGAGAAUUAUUUCUCCAUCAUCGGUCACAAGUGGUAGGUGCUCCCUUUAGAUAUCCUUCCAUAAUAGCCUUUAACGAAUAGUUCAGCUUGCGAAUUGUAUGCAGAGACAUGCAUUUGUACCCCCCUUCAUUCGUCAAUGGAAUGAGACUCUGGAUAUGGAGAACCCCUGUGAGCAUUCUGCGACUGUGCUCAACAAUAUAUCAGAUUUGUAGAUUUGCGUGCAGAUAUAACAGGGUUACAUGAGUUCAGUAAUCCGGAAGCAACCAUAAUAAGGGCACAUGCCAUCGAUGCCGAAUGUGUCAAGUGGGAGCAAAAUUGCCCAGCCGAGUACGUUUAUCGAACGUUCCAAGUAAAGAGACAAUCAGAGGAAGUCUUUAAUGGGAGAUACGAUGUCUACUCGAACCUUUGGAUCGCGAUGAUCUGGAACAACCAGCGCUCGCUCCGGAUUCGAUGUCAAGAUCUUAUUCUCAAUCAGCUCAACCGCUUUUACCGCACGAAUCUGGCAAAGGUAUUGUUCAAUGACGUCAAUUAUUACCAGAGACAAAUACGCCUUUCAAAGCAGAUUAUUCUCAACUGCUCAGUGGAUAUUAUGUCUAGUAUUCCAGGGUUUUUAGGAUUCAAAGAUGAACCCAACACAGAGCGGAAAAUACCCAGUUCUUUCAAUGACAGUCUACUUCUGUGGCCUCUAUUUAAUGCUGGAUACAACGAUAUUAUCACGAACGCCCAACGCGAUUGGAUAGUCGGAAGGCUUCGUUAUAUAUUGGAUGUAUUGAGCGUUCGACAAGCGCAGCCACUGAUCGAGAAUCUUAUCGAUAAAACUGCAACUCAUUGCUGUAAUGGACCACCAAGAUCGCCGCCAAUCCUGUCAGACUGUCGCAUGCCAGGAGACUCAAAUUCUGCCAUGACCCCAUAUUCAAAUAAGACUCUGAAUUCCGAUGCUAGUCAAUUGUGGGAUAGAGGUAUUUCCACCUCACAUGGAGAUAACUCCCUAGCUUCGCUCUCCACCUAUUUCGCUACUCCCCAACAAUGCUUUCCAAAUUUUCCAAUCACUCCAUCCAAGUUUAUCCAAUCCAGCAUUUCCACCAUACAGAACGAACCACACGCUUACGAAUCUGGACCGUAUCAACCGAAUUCUCGAUUCAUCAACUGCAUUUACGAUGGAAAGGAAUCCCCUCCAAGCUAUACAACAUUCUCUUCAGAUAAUGAUUCUUCUCUCAUGCUCGAAGACCAGAAUUUCCCAGAUCCUUGUCCCAUCACUACUAUCUCUUACCACAUGUUACCCUACCAAACCUUUACCACCUCAAUGCCGCUAGAAAAUACGAGGGGAUUGGACGCCAUGAGUGGAUUCUUUGAAGGACAGUGGUAG